AUGGUCGCCGCUAAGAAGCACAUUCCCAUCGUCAAGAAGCGCACCAACCGCUUCAACCGUCACCAGUCUGACCGGUUCAAGUGUGUCGCUCCCUCGUGGCGCAAGCCCAAGGGUAUUGACAAUGCCGUCCGCCGUCGCUUCAAGGGCCAGAUUGCCAUGCCCUCCAUCGGCUACGGUUCCAACAAGAAGACCCGCCACCUGGCUCCUUCCGGCCACAAGGCUUUCCUCGUCCACAACCCCAAGGACGUCGAGCUCCUGCUCAUGCACAACCGCACCUACGCUGCUGAGAUCGCCCACGCCGUCUCUUCCCGCAAGCGUGUCGACAUCAUCGCCAAGGCUAAGGCUCUCGGCGUGAAGGUCACCAACCCCAAGGGCCGUGUCACCACCGAGGCCUAA